AUGUGGGCUCCCGGCCACUUCUCGUCGAUGCUCGAAGCCGGCAAGAGGCUGCUGUUGUGCAGCGCCGGCGGCAGUGCAGCAUCCAGCCUCACUGUUCUCGUCACGCCCCCGCCGAUGGCCGCGUCGUCGUCCGAGACCACGGCCAGCCUGCAGGUACACGGUGAGAUGGCCUCAGGCGACGGCAUCGUUUUCCACCACCUCCCGGCCAUCGAGCACCGCACCGACCUCGUCCACCCGUCCGAGUACAUCCGGCUCUACGCGCCGCAUGUCAAGGCGGCCAUCACGGGCUUGGCGGCCCCGGUGGCAGCGGUCGUCGUCGACUUCUUCGGGACCCCGCUCCUCAACGUCGCCCACGACCUCGCCGUGCCGGCCUACGUAUACUUCGCGUCCACCGGCGCCACGCUUGCGCUCAUGCUGUGCUUACCGGCCAUCCAGGAGGAGCUGGCUUCCACGUUGCGGGAGGAGGGAGGGGUCGUCGACGUGCCAGGGAUGCCUCCGGUGCCGGUGGCCUCUAUGCCGUCUCCGGACGUGAACGACUACGCGUGGUUCGCCUACUACGGCCGCCGCUUCCUGGAAGCCAGAGGCAUCGUCGUGAACACGGCAGCCGAGCUGGAGCCAGGCGUUCUUGCGUCAAUCGCCGGCGGCCGGUGCACGCCCGGUGGCCGUGCUCCCCCCAUGGUCUACCCAAUCGGCCCGGUGCUCUCGCUGAAGCCGCGCGUCGAUGCUCGGGGGCGGUCGUCUGCGCAGGAGUGCAUCCGGUGGCUCGACGCGCAGCCGCCAGCGUCCGUUGUGUUCCUCUGCUGCGGGAGCAUGGGGUGGAUGAACGCGGAGCAGGCGCACGAGGUGGCCGCCGGCCUCGAGCGCAGCGAGCACAGGUUCCUGUGGGUGCUGCGCGGCCCACCGGCCGGCAUCUCGCAGAACCCGACAGACGCGAACCUCGGUGACCUGCUUCCCCACGGGUUUCUGGAGAGGACGAAGGCGAAGGGGUGUGUGUGGCCGAGCUGGGCCCCGCAGCUGGAGAUCCUCGCCCACGCCGCCGUGGGUGGCUUCGUUACCCACUGUGGCUGGAACUCGGUGCUGGAGAGCCUGUGGCACGGCGUGCCCAUGGCGCCGUGGCCGCUGUACGCCGAGCAGCCGCUUAACGCGUUCGAGCUCGUCGCGUGCAUGGGUGUCGCUGUUGAGCUUAGGGUCUGCACGAGAAGGGACAACUUCGUGGAGGCAGCGGAGCUGGAGCGAGCGAUACGGAGCUUGAUGGGCGGAUCAGAGGAGGGGAGGAAGUCAAAGGAGAAGGCCAGGAAGAUGAAGGCGGCAUGCCGGAAGACUGUGGAGAAGGGCGGAUCGGCGUACGCUGCCAUGCAGGCAGUGGUGCAGGAUAUGCUACAAAGCCACGUACCCGGCACCCAAAAAACAUCACUGCAGAAGUGGCAUGCGACACCGCUCGUUUAUGCUGAAAUUUAGUUUAUGCUGAUGCUUAUGCUAAAAUAUUGUGAAAGGAAAAUACUGUUCUAUGGUUGAAAAACAGUUCAAGCGAACAUGACGGAUUUGUCAACAUAG